AUGUCGUGCUUCGCUGGCCUCACUGCCUCAGCGCCCGUCGCCGCGGGCAUUGCCGACCGCGGCAAAGGACGAGGUCGCGUGUAUGCCAACAUCACAGAAACCGUUGGAAACACGCCCUGUGUGAAGAUCUCUGACGAGAUCUGCCCAAAGGGGCGCACGAUCUAUGCCAAGCUGGAGUAUUUCAACCCGCUUUCCAGCGUCAAGGAUCGGCUGGCCUGCGCCAUCAUUGAGGAUGCCGAGAAGAAAGGUCAGCUCAAGCCCGGCGACACAGUCAUUGAGGCCACUUCGGGCAACACCGGGAUUGCCGUGGCGAUGUUGUGUGCCCAGCGUGGAUACAAGUGUGUCAUUACCAUGGCGGAGCCCUUCUCCAUCGAGCGCCGCAAGCUGAUGCGUUUCAUGGGGGCCAAGGUGAUCAUCACCCCCAAGGCGGGAAAAGGAACCGGCAUGGUGGCGAAGGCGAAAGAGCUGGCAGAGAAGCACGGCUGGUUCCUUUGCCGGCAGUUCGAGAACGAGGCGAAUGCAGAGUUCCAUUACAAGACCACGGGUCAGGAGAUUGUGAACGACUUCGAGGGGAUGAAGCUGGACUACUACGUCCUGGGCUACGGCACCGGCGGCACCUUCUCUGGAGCUGGGAAGGCCAUCAAGGAGAAGAGGCCGGACGUGAAGAUCUGCUUGGGCGAGCCUGCCGAUGCCCCACUCGUGGCUUCAGGCACAAAGACCGAGCGCAACCCAGAUGGAUCUGCUACCGGCUCGCACCCGGCCUUCAAGCCCCAUCCAAUCCAGGGCUGGACCCCGGACUUCAUCCCGCAGAUUGCAGAGAAGGGCAUUACGGAGACCGGCUAUGACGAGUUCAUCCCAAUCCCGGGACAGGCUGCGAUUGAGAUGUCCCAGGCCUUGGCCAAGACGCAGGGGAUUUUCACCGGAAUCUCUGGUGGAGCCUCCAUGUAUGCAGCGGUUGAGAUGGCCAAGAAGGCGCCUGAGGGCUCGGUGCUGGUCGCCAUGUUGGCCGACACCGGCGAGCGCUAUCUCUCCACCCCGCUCUUCGCCUCCAUCAGCGCCGACAUGAACGAGGAGGAGUUGGCCAUCUCCAAGUCUACGCCCAACUUCCAGCUCUUUUUGAGCGCGCAGCCCGCAAAAGUUGACACUAUGGCGGUGACACCGGUGGGGACCAAGACUGCCAAGGAACAGCGCCCAGCCACUGCCGGAGCUCCGGCCCCGGUGCCUGCGACAAGUCUGCGCGAGAGCGAAGCCGAAGGCCGCCCGACCUGGGAGAUGGCGAAGAAGUACAUCGACGUCGGCAGAUGGAGGAAUAUGGUCAAUGCGAUGAUUUUCUACUCCUUGGUGCUCUUCAUCUUCUUGCUUUGCGACAUCUCCCUUGCCAAUUGCACGAAUGCCUUGGCUUUGGACCCGACUGUGGCGACCGGGCCGUACUUUGGGGGCUAUCUGUUCUGGAUGGUCAUGGGCAUCUCUGGGCUGUACAUCGGCUGGAUCUACGGGGCAGGAUUUUCCUUGCGGAUCUCGCACUUCAUGCAUGGAAAUGUGGUGCACCAGCUGCUCCAUGCCCCGAUCGAUCGCUUCUUCGACAAGCAGCCAGUGGGCCGCAUCAUGAACCGCUUGACUAUGGACAUGGCAACGAUUGACCUCUACUUGUUCAUGAAGGUGUCCGGCAGCAUCAUGAUCUUCUUCCAGACACUUGUGCCGCUGGCGUACAUCCACUUCAUCAUGCCCUGGUACAUGUCAGUCUUUGCGCUCCCCUUCUACUAUGUGGUCUUCGAAUUGUAUCUGCGCUAUCAGAACACGGCCGUUCCCCUGCGCUACUGCUUCAAGACGUCCUCCUCCAUCACGCAGAGUCACCUGUCAGAUGUGAUGACCAACACGGUGGUGGUGCGUGGCUUCGGUGAGCAGAAUCGCAUAGCUGUUCAAUAUGCUGCUUGCGUAGACAACUCGGUGAAGGCGGACCUCACCGACGACAGGCUGAUGAAGCGCUGGCUGUGCAACCGUGUGAACUACCUCUGGACCUUCUACAACUCGAUCACCUACAUCAUUGGCCUUUACAAUGCUUCAUGGCUGGGCCCGGGAACACUGGGCAUUGCUUUGACAAAUUUGCUGUUGCUCGAGACAAUGAUCGAGCCCAGCCUGGAAAUGAUGGCGGGCGCCCUCUUUGAGCUCAUUGCGCUUGCCCGUGUGCAUGAAUACACUUCCGUGACGCAGGAGAAGGCGAUGUACACUCCGGAGGACGCCAAAUUGCGCAACUACUCCGUCCGGUUCUACCGCGCAAAGGCUACUCCACUUACGGUGCGUGAAGUGAACGACAGGAUUGAGGUCCUUGCGAACGGGAAGACCCUGCUCCACUCCACCCCGGAUGGACGUGCCCUGAUGUUGGUGGACAACAGCAGCGAUUGCAACAUCGGCCGGUUCCAGGAGCUGUGCCCAGUCUGUGCGGAGCUGAACCAAAUUCCCAGCUUGCACCACAUCGUGGCCGUCAAUGAUGCUUCCGGCAGUGCGAAGGACGUCGCACAGGAGCUUUGUCGGCAUCCACGGAGUUUUAUGACGGCAACGGCCUUCACGACCCAACCGCAGGUCGUCAUCGAGUUCCAGAGCAGCUGGCUUUCUGAUGGGGCGCGGUUGGACAUUCAGGAGCUGCGUGCGGGCUACGCGGAGGUGCCGCAGGAUGUCCUGAAGGGCGUGACCUUCAGUGUUGAGCCGCGCAUGAAGGUGGCCGUCGUUGGCACCACCGGCUGCGGAAAAUCCAGCAUGUUGCUGGCGCUGCUUCGCAUCAUCGAGCCUCGCGGUGGGAAGAUUGUCAUCAAUGGAAUCGACACGCAGGAGAUCGGCCUGGCCACGCUGCGCAGUUCCCUGGGUCUGGUGCCACAGGAUCCCAUGCUCUUCACGGGCACUUUACGGCACAACCUGGAUCCAUUCAAGGUUUACACUGAUGGCCGUAUCCGGAAAGCUGUGAAUUUGGCGCACUUAGAGAGCUUUGUCAACACGUUGCCUCUUGGCCUGGACCAUGUGGUGUCAGAUGAAGGUGGCAAUCUCAGCUUCGGGCAGCGGCAGCUUCUGUGCCUGGCGCGCAUGGUGCUGAGGCAGCCGGCCCUGCUGCUACUGGACGAAGCGACUUCUGCGAUUGAUCCGGCCACGCAGGAGUCGGUGCAGGAUACCAUCAAUCAUGCUUUCCCCGGCUCCACGAUGCUGGCGGUGGCCCACCGCCUGGAGACCAUCAUGGAGUUUGACCAAGUUGUUGUCCUCGAUUCUGGAAAGGUGGCAGAGGAGGGUGCUGUGAAGGAGGUGGCCGCCAGGCCAGAUGGAAUCUUCAAACGCAUGCUGGAUGCGAAGGAGAAAUGGUGA